CGGCAGCUGAACCUCUCGAGGGUAGCCUUGACUUUACUGAGCUGUUUAGAGAAAAGAGGAGGAUAAAGAGAAGAGGGAGGUUUCCCGUGCAGGUGCUGAGAGAUGACAGAGCUGCAUAGCCUUGUGGAACGAUUGGAGAGAGCUGUGGGCCGCUUGGAGAUGGUGUCCCACGGCCCCGGCAUGCAGAGCGGUUGUGGAGAUGGCCUUCCAAAAGGAGUAGCUGAGCAUGUGAAAGCUUUCGACUCUCUCUUGUCGGGACCAGUAGCUGAAUACAUGAAGAUAAGCAGGGAAAUUGGUGGCGAUGUCCAAAAACAUGCUGAGAUGGUCCUUGCAGGCUUGAUGACAGAGAGGUCUCUCCUGGUGACAGCGUCUCAGUGCCAGCAACCCACAGCAAAUAACUUCUCAUCUUUGCUGAAGCCAAUAUCGGAUCAGAUCCAGGUGGUCCAGAGCUUCCGGGAGAAGAACCGUGGCAGCAAACUCUUCAAUCACCUCUCCACAGUUAGUGAGAGUAUUCCUGCGUUAGGCUGGGUUGCCAUGGCUCCCAAACCAGGCCCUUACGUGAAGGAAAUGACCGAUGCUGCCAUGUUUUAUAGCAACCGGGUCCUCAAGGAAUACAAAGAUGUAGAUAAGAAACAUGUGGACUGGGUGAAAGCUUAUCUGAGUAUCUGGACAGAGCUGCAGGCGUACAUUAAGGAGUACCACACCACUGGGCUGACCUGGAGCAAAACGGGACCUGUUCCAACUGAUUCUGAACAUGGGUCUCGAGCGGCUCCUUCUCGUGGUGGCCCCCCACCCCCUCCACCCGGCCCUCCACCCCCUCCAGCACCUGCCCCCACAAGUUCUGGCUCAGAUGACCCUGCAUCUCGUUCGGCUCUUUUUGCUCAGAUCAACCAGGGAGAAGCCAUCACUUCUGGCCUGAAACACGUGUCUGACAACAUGAAGACCCACAAGAACCCAUCGCUGAAGAACCAAGGUGGCCCUGUGCGGACGGGUCCGAAGCCUUUCACUGCUCCAAAGCCAGCCUGUGCUGCAGGUACUUCCCAAAAACUGCCAGCAAAGAAGGAACCUCCUGUCCUGGAGCUGGAAGGCAAGAAAUGGAGAGUGGAGAACCAAGAGAAUGUCUCCAACUUGGUGAUCAGCGACACAGAGCUGAAGCAGGUAGCCUACGUCUACAAGUGCAUGAACAGCACACUCCGUAUCAAGGGCAAGAUCAACUCCAUCACGCUGGAUAAUUGCAAGAAGCUAGGUCUGGUGUUUGAUGAUGUGGUGGGCAUCAUUGAGAUCAUCAACAGCCGGGAUGUCCAAGUUCAGGUGUUGGGUAAAGUGCCAACCAUUUCCAUCAACAAGACAGACGGCUGCCACGUCUACCUGAGCAAGAACUCCUUAGACUGUGAGAUUGUCAGUGCCAAGUCUUCAGAGAUGAACGUCCUCGUUCCCACAGACAGUGGCGAUUUCAACGAGUUCCCAAUCCCUGAACAAUUCAAGACACUGUGGAACGGGCGGAAGUUAAUCACCACGGUGACAGAGAUAGCCGGAUAGGCUGACCUGGCGCUCGACAUUCACCCCAGCACCAUCGCUGUGGGACAAAUCUGCUUUUUUGGGGGGAUGAUUUAUAGAUUUUUUCCUGUACCUUUUCUGCUCUCAAAUCUGCUUCUGUCUUCUCCCCAAGAGACUUGCCUACCUGCCUUCACUGAAAAUACCUCAGGCUGGGAUUUGAGGUAGGGUGGCAGAAUCAUUUGCUUCAGUCUGCUGAUCAGCAGGAGGGCAUGGCGUUUUCCCUCAGUCAGGGAAACCCGCAGCACCAAUCAACUUUCGUCUGGCCUUUUUUCUGUUCUUUUGUGCUCACUUGGAGCCAGUAUCGCUUCAGGAUGUUUUUCUUUGCCCUUUCAUUUAAGCAAGGAAAUUGAUCUUUCUUGGAAUAAACCAAGUUAUCAGGGUAAAAAGUCCCCAGUGAUGUGUGUGCGUGACAGUGUACCUGGCAGGUGUGGUUUGGGGAAGUACAAGGGAAUUGACUUAAUUCUGCUAAACUAAUUGGGGGUGUUAAAGAUUCCAGGAACGGCUUUGCUGGACCAAAAGCUGAAGGACUGGUAUGUGUUGGCAUUCCUCCUCCUCGCCCGAUUUAUUUUUCCCUUCUGUGCUCAAUGUAAAAUUAUGUGUUGUGCCAUGAUGUUGGGGGAGACCUCUCAGUUACAGGUGCCACAAGACUACCAUGGAGCAGACCCCCCCCCAUCCUGAUGGGAGUCUGUCCAGCAGCUAGAAAGCUGCUGCUCACUCGCUUCCAGUCAAGCCCUCCUUUAAAGGGAAAAUUGUGCCCAAAGGGUCCCUCUUCUGAGCAACUGGGCAUUGUUCAGGCUUCCAGGACAGUUUUUUUCUUGGAACCCCUCUUCUUUCUAGGGAGGGAGGAGCAUUCUUCGGUGAAAGUCCAGUAUUUAAUUCUUUGCAAGCACAAGUUCAUUGCAGUUGCUUCUGUCCUUCGUCAAGACUUUAUUUACAUGGUAAAGUCCAGAGGACUUCCUUUGGCUGUCCCUUUCCCUGUCACCCAGCUUCUUCCUCUCUGCAGAAAAUCCAGCGUGUUAGCAUGGCACUGCAGCGGUUGCACCAAGACCAAAGGCACGGUACUGUACUGACCCACCAAAGGGAGUUGCCUGUGCGCCUGAAUCGUAGCGUUUUGGAUAGCAUAAGCAUAUCUUAUUUCCCUCCUUGCCACAUUAACAAGUUUUUUUCCACUAAAAAGAAACUUAACAGAAGAUAUGCAAUUUUUAUUUUGAAACUGUCCUGUGACUUGUAUUUCUCUCCUGAGGCUUGUGGAAAUAAAAUCUUUCUUAUGUACUUAAAAUUAUACUGAAGAUAGAAUAAAGUUAAUGCCAAGUUGCUCAUUAA